GCUCCACCCGCCCCGACGGCGGGCGGUGGCACUGGCCGAACUUGUGGUCCCACAACUAUUGGAAGACCAACAUGCGCAGGUCAGCGUACAAGGUGUCGGCGGUGCUGGCGGCGUGCAGCGGGCCCUACGGCGCCGAGUGCGCGCUGUGCCCGCACACCGGCAGCAUGUGCCCAGAGCACUUGCUGGGGCAGAAGCACUACUGCGAGAUCGUGACCGUGCGGCUCGCCAAGGAUCCGAGCACGAGCCCGUGGCGGUGGAGAGUUUCUGGCAGCAGUGGUCGGCACCUGGCGGGUUCGUGGCCUACAACCACGUCACCGGCAAGCUGGUCAUGGUGAGGCAGCCGACUGAGCUCGAGGACGUGGCGCCCGCUUCGGAGGGCGC